CUUGCGACUCGGUGUCCGCGGGAUGGCUGUGGCGGAUACCGUUCACAAGGACGGGUAUCUUCCAUCAGCCAUGCAGCGAAUCGAAAGCCAGACUGCCAUUGGUGGGAAUGCGCGGCGAGGCUCCUUGGUGCAGAUGGCGAUUGGCCUCGCCGACUCCAGGGCCAUCUCCCAACGCUCCUCCGGCAGUAUCGCAUAUAAAAAGCAGGCAGCCCUGCCGUCAACUUUACCGCCCAGCGACACAGCCUUGGGAAUAUCCACUGCCAAGUCCACCACCGCCAACAUGAGCCUCCCUGCUAUCAUCAGCAAUAUUAAUCUGGAUCAGGCCAGACAGCCUCUCAAUGAGUAUCUCAGAACCCGCGGAUUAGACGGAAAAUGUAUCCAAGACCGUGAUGUAUUCUAUCCCGAAAAAAUCAACGUCACCGACAUCGAUCGCCUUCUGGAGGCCUUUCAGCAGUACAUCGCAAGAAGAAGCCUCACCGCCGUGCUGUUUAUUGUGGAUGCCGGUUUGCAGCCCUCCGCCCAAGCAUGGAUGAGUCUCCUUAUGACUGCCGUGCCCAGAUCGAUUGCUCCAAAUGUGUACAUCUGCGCCAUUGAGAAUCUAGUGGAUCCCAGAGACCAUGCGCUGAUCCUCGGGGAGGUGAACACCAUCUUUCUGGCUGACCAGCCGCAAAAGUAUUCUGCCAAGGCAGCCCAUUUCCUCGCGCCCGCGGCCUCAUCCAACCCGUAUUUCUGGAUGCAGUUGGAGAAUGUCAGACCUUCUGCUGGAAUGACGACAGCUCAAUCAAUGUCGUCGCAGUCGAGCCCUAGAAUUGAGUUCAGAACGCUUGCCGAUGAACGUGCCGCCAUCAGGCUCUAUUAUCGCCUCAACCUCAGCUUGGAUUCCGACAUAAUCGACGCCGAAAUGAACGAUAUCUUGGGAGGCCAAGUGCAAACGACUUUGUUCAAGAUUUUGAACGACAUCUCGGACCGCUCUGUGCUGACAUCCAGCCACCAUACUUGCAAAUACAUCAACGAGAUCAUCAAUCAGCGCCAAGACUUCCCUGAAUUGUCGAAGGGCGAGGACCCGGCGCUGAUCCAAAACCUCAAGAGCAUCCUCGCUGUCGAGAAGGCUAUCCAAGAUGCAUUCAACUUGGCCGAGCAAUGUCGCUCAGAAUCCGCUCGGAGUGGGCAAACCAUCGAUGAGUGUCUCACCCACUUGAUUUGCCUCAACGAUAGUCUGAUCGAGACACUCUCGAGUCGUCAGCAGAGAGUUGACAACGAUGUGAUUCGCUCGGUCUCCACUCAAGCAAUCGUUGGUGGUCCUGAAGGACAAUCGAACUCGGCCCUGUAUGACUUCACCCGUCAGCCUGUCGACUCGUUGCGCUUGCAUAUGGAUGGAAGCUCGAUCCAGCAAGUUACCGCCUCUUAUGCUACUGAUGAACAGGACGCCGAAAUGUCGGAUAUGUCGCCCGACCCAGUCCCUCCUCAAAAGCAAUCAUCCAGUCGGUCCAGCUCGUUGACUCAAGGGGACACGUUGCUGAAUACUCAGCCUUUGACGAGAAUCAAGGACGGAAAAACUCGCAUUUCUUCCAAGAGCAGAGAGUCGCUGAAAUCCGUCAAUGCCAAAUCCCGCCAAAGCGGUGCGGCCGCCCGAAGCACUCCCGAGUCAGCACAGAUGCACUGGACCGAUGAUGAUCAACUCCAGUCCCAAGGAUAUUAUGACAGUCCGGUCCAGCCGACUGCCUCUGCCCAGAGCGCAGACAUCGAUUCGGCCACUGCAGCCGCCACGGAUGUCGAAGAGACUGUGAAUCUGCUUGUGCUUGGAGAGACGGGCGUUGGCAAAUCCACCCUCAUCAACUCCCUGGCCAACUAUCUGAGCUACCAAACACUUGAAGAUGCCCAGGCUGGCGAAGCAAAGACUCUGAUUCCCGCAAAGUUCGUCAUCUGCCAUCCUGAUACUUUUGAAGAAGUAGAAGUCAAGACAGAGACUCUAUCAAACGUCAACCCCGACAAUAUUGCCCUCAUGGAGGAAAUCAACGCAAACGAACAGUACGUGACUGGACAGUCGACGACCCAGCGCCCGCAAGCGUACUCGUUCAACGUCCCUGGCGAUGGUGAUCGCUUCAUCAAAGUCAAUAUUAUCGAUACACCUGGAAUGGGUGACUCCAGAGGCAUCGAACAAGACAAGAAAAACAUGUCCAACAUCAUCAAAUAUGUGACAAACAUGGGCUCGCUCAACGCCGUUGUCAUCGCCCUUCCCACCAACCAGAGCAAGCUGACGGUCUGGUUCCGCUUCUGUAUCAUGGAGCUCUUCAAGUAUCUCGAUAAGGAUGUUAUCCAAAACAUCAGUUUCCUGUUCACCAAAGCUCGAACGACCUCAUUCAGAAUGGGCGACACAACUCACGUCCUCAAAAAGCUCUUCACCGAGAUCAAGAGCCAGUCUGGAAUCCAAGUUCCUCUCACCGAAGCCAACACGUUCUUGAUUGACAACGAAGCCUACCGCUUCCUGAUUGCCAAAGACCAUGACAUUGGCUUUACUCCAAGCGAAAUUGAGCAGUUCAAGGAUUCAUGGCUCAGGUCGUCCCUGGCCUGCCAUAGUCUUGUCGCUUUGGCGAGCAAGGGCAACCCUAAGAGCUUUGAGAAAACCGGCCAACUCGAGGUGCUUCGAACGUUCUUGGAAACCCACAUGGAAGAGCUUAUGGACAUGGAUACCGAAAUUCAGCAAGGCGCUGCAAAGACAAAGCAAACGGAGCAAAUCAUCCAAACGGUCCAAAGCCAACUCGUUGAUCUGAAGAGCAUGGUGGAAGUCGUCAUCGUCCUUACGCCAAGAAUUCAUCAUGGCGAAGUCGUGAUCUGCCGGCACCCUGAGUGCGCAGAUUAUUCGAUCGACAAGCUCGGAGUCAACAAAGUGGAGGGCACCGGUUCAUUCUCUCAAGGUUGGGGCAAAUGGGGAGGAGGUGCCACGAAAUCGGUAUGCAAGCCCGGCUAUCGCCAUGAACCAAGGCAGUAUUACCAAAAAACCGGAUUCACGUAUGAAACAAGCUUCGAGGAGCGCUACAGAGACGAAACAAAGCUGCAGAUUGAAGAGUGCGAGCAAAGCUUGGACGAGAAUACGAGAAAGCUCGCAAGCCUCAGGAGUCAGGACUAUAUUCUCAAGUACAAGCAGAAGGAGUAUCUUCGCUUGGUGGCCGUCUGCAACCAGCAGCUGCGCAAGCACAGUGUUGUGCACCGAAACGAGACCUUCUUGGAUGAAAGCGACUUCCAGGUCAUCCAGCAGCAAGCGUAUUCUGACGGCGUUCUCAACCCCGAGAAGCUCCGAAAGCUUGAAGCCCGUAUAAGAAUGGGGCCAACAGAAGACGCUGAGCCAACUAUGCACUGGAGGAAAUGUACCACUGCGUUGUCCAGAAAAUAAACGAGACACAUUGCACCGAAAUCCGUCCGCCAGUAACUGCAGUCUCGAUCGCGGAUGUGCUCGGACUCGAGGGAGAAAUAAGGCACGCCGCUUGUUUGAGAGCAUAUUAC